AUAAGAGCGCGUUUUCGUUCAAUAAACGUUCCUUUGACGCACUCGACCCCGUGCAAGCCACAUGGUGUCAGAAGUGGCCGGACUGCAGCCGAUGUACGCAGCCGGCGAACGAACAGCGGACGGGUAGCAAGCCAACAAGGGAGGCUCGAAGGUCCCAACCAGCUACAAGCAUGCCGAACGGGGAACAGCGCCAGCAGGCCAGCGGUCCAGUCACCACGCUAUUGCCACCGCCGAAAGCCCUGGACAUCACAGGAGACGUAUGGCAAAGCUGGAAGACAUGGCGGCAGGAGUUCGAGCUCUUCGCAACGGCAACAUACCUGAACCAGCAACCGAAAGAGGUACAGGCAGCCACCUUUCUCAUGAUUAUUGGAGAGGACGCGCGCAAGACGUAUAGCACUUUUGAUUUUGCAACUGACGAGGAGAAGUCGGACGUAGAAGUACUGAAAGUGAAGUUUGAGGCAUUCUACAAACCAGCUCUAAACUUAGCCUACCAUGAGUUCCGCUUUGGAAAGCGCGACCAAAAGGACGGUGAAAGUUUCAACGACUGGUUGACAGACCUACGAGUGCUAGCAAAAAGUUGCGAGUUUGGGCAGCUUGAAGAGCGUAUGCUGAGAAGCCGUAUUAUUCUCGGAAUUAGAGAUAAAAAGCUUCAAGAAAAGCUAAUCUCCGAAAAUGCUUCGUUCACGAAGACCGUAGAAAUGUGUCGCUCACGUGAACAAGGCAAAGAACAAUGUGAGGAAAUACAGGCGCGCCCGAAAAGCGAUUACGCAGCCGAGAUGAACGCGCUAUCUGAAGCGAAAGGUCGGCGUUGUACAAAGUGCGCAAAGGUUCAUCAGACCGACCGUGUGUGCCCAGCAAAAGGACGCACAUGCAGGAAAUGCGGGGGAAGGAAUCACUUUGCGUUAGCCUGCAAGAAGAUGCAAAAAAGAUUCCAUUCGAAAGAGCAAGCAGUAGCAUCUGUCGAAGCGCAAGAAGGCGAUUUCUGGUUAGAAACGCUAUCGCAUGCCCGUGGAAAAGACGACCGCUGGACGGCUACCGUUCAGAUAGAAGGAAAGCCUAUUUUUUGCAAGCUAGACACAGGCGCAACCUGCUCGGUUAUAGCACGUAGCCAGCUGCAGAAAAUAACAAACAAGCAGCCACUGGAUUGCAACGUUGUUUUGAACACAUUCUUUGGCUUCCAGAAAAAAGCAACUAAGCAAGUUCGUCUUGAAGUGGCAACGAGAGAAAGAAAGGUUCUGACAGAGUUCUUCGUCGUGGAUGACGACAUCGCCGUGACCUUGAGCGGUACAGUUGCCGAAGAGCUUGGCUUGCUCCAACGAGUCUGCUCAAUCGAGCAAACGGAGCUUUACGGCGCUGCCAAGCCUUACGAAGACGUGUUUGAAGGUCUAGGUCAACUCGAGGGCAUCGUCUACCAUCUAAAGCUCAAGCCCGGUUCCCAAGGAGUAGUGAAACCAGCACGGCGGAUUCCAAUAGCAUUGCAAAGAAAGGUGAAAGCUGAGCUUGACCGCAUGGAGACGGCUGGAGUCAUCGUGAAAGUGACGGAGCCGACAGAGUGGGCCAGCAACAUGGUCGUUGUUACGAAAGGAGAGAAGGAGUCCGUCCGGUAUCUGGGACAUGUUUUGACGCGUGACGGACUGAGCCUGGAUCCACAGCGGCUAGAAGACAUCUUGCAAGUCCAGACGCCAUGCAACCAGAAAGAGCUGCAGACGUUCCUGGGCAUGGUAAAUUUUGUCUCUCGCUUUAUUCCGAACAUGUCAGACCUAACAGCACCGCUUCGAGAACUCUUAAAGAAGAAUGUCUCGUGGCUUUGGGAGGACCGCCAAGACGCAAGCUUCAAGGCUCUGAAGAAAGCGCUUGCGACAGCCCCUGUACUAAGCUACUACGAGAAGGGCAAACCAAUUAGGCUAUCGGUAGAUGCCAGUCAGAACGGAAUUGGCGCAGUAAUCAUACAGGACGGGCAUCCGCUAGCGUACUCGUCGCGCUCCUUGACGGAAACACAGCAAAGGUAUGCGCAGAUCGAAAAGGAGAUGCUGGCAAUUGUUCACGGAUGUGAAAGAUUUCGUGACUAUCUUUUCGGGCAGCCCGAAGUUGUGGUAGAAUCGGAUCACAAGCCACUAGAAAUGAUAUUUAAGAAGCCGUUAUGCCAAUGUCCUCUAAGGCUUCAGCGCAUGCGCCUCAGCCUGCAGAGGUACCCGAUAGUCGUCAAAUACACACCCGGAAAACAACUAUUUGUUGCUGACGCUUUAUCGCGGUCCCCGAGCAAAGCACUAUUGCAAGAACAGUGCCUGAAUUAUCAGUUGAACACCAUUGCUUACCUGCAGGUUUCAGACAGGCGGCUGAGCCAAGUUCUACAUGAGACCGACCAGGACCCGGUGAUGGUGAAACUUCGACACUACGCAAGCACACAGUGGCCGGAGAGCAAAGCUGACGUCAGCAGCGAGCUACGUUGCUACUGGAGCUUCCGCGACGAGCUGCAUACGCAAGAUGGCCUCGUGUUCAGAAGCAACCGCCUCAUCAUUCCUGCCAAGAUGCGCAGCGAAAUUCUUGCUUGCCUUCAUGCGGCGCAUGGGGGAGCAGAAAAAAUGAAGGCACGUGCUCGAACUGUACUUUUUUGGCCUUCUAUAAACAGCGACCUAGAAGAAGUUGCUCGACGCUGUGAGACCUGCCAGAAGCACAAGCCACGAAAUCUGCGCAUGCCAUUGAUCAACCAUGAAAUUCCAAGCCUACCCUGGGAAUUUGUGGGAGCCGACAUAUGCUAUCACAAUGGCACCGAUUACUUGGUGGUUGUUGACUUUUAUUCUUUCUUUUUUGAAAUCAGGCCUGUGAAGACGACAGCCGACAAGGUGAUUGCUGCUUUAGCAGACAUACCGUAUUUACUCGAUUCUACCGCGCCCUCGAUUGUAACGCGCACCCGUUUUCCGCGACCAAAAAAAAAAAAAAAAAGUAAUACAUCGAUUGUAACGCGCACCCGUUUUUCGUGAGAGAAAAGAACAAAAAAAGUCCGUAGGAGUCAAACUUCGCACAUUCAGUAGAACAAGUAUUUGGGUUUUAAAGAACUGAAGUUUCAAAAAAGUAAAACACGGAGUCAAAAAGCGGGCCUUGCCGCUAAAACUGUCACCACUACGGCGGCGAUACGAGUCGCGUAAUGGAUCAGUCCUCGUCGCUGUC